AUGCCGGAACUGGAGGCCAGACAGGAGCGGGGCCAGGAUUUCCAGAGAGCCCCGCGGUCCCGCCUGCGUGGACAGAAUCCCGUGGCUCAGCCCUCAGUCAGCUGCGGCCAGGCACUUGCUGGCUGCGAUGCUGGGACCGGCGGUGAUGGCAUCCUCUCGGCUCACAAAAUAAUGGCCAGCUCCCCGGAAAUGGAUCUGCCCACGGUGGCCGCGCUCAGGAAAUUGGGCGUGAACCUGACCCGGAGCAACAAGGAGACCGUGCGGCACAGCGACGUCCUGUUCCUGGCCGUGAAGCCGCACAUCAUCCCCUUCAUCCUGGACGAGAUCGGGGCCGACGUCCAGGCCCGGCAUAUCGUGGUCUCCUGUGCAGCUGGGGUCACCAUCAGCUCCGUGGAGAAGAAGCUGACGGCCUUCCAGCCGGCCCCCAAAGUGAUCCGCUGCAUGACCAACACGCCGGUGGUGGUGCGCGAGGGGGCCACGGUGUACGCCACCGGCACGCACGCCCUGGUGGAGGACGGGCAGCUCCUGGAGCAGCUCAUGAGCAGCGUGGGCUUCUGCACGGAGGUGGAGGAGGACCUGAUCGACGCGGUCACCGGGCUCAGCGGCAGCGGGCCUGCCUACGGGGCUCUGGCCCUUCGAGCCCCGUGGGGUUUUGUCUGCAGAGAGCUGCAGUCCAUGGCUGACCAGGAAAAGAUCUCUCCAGCUGCCCUCAAGAAGACCCUCCUGGACAGAGUGAAACUGGAAUCCCCCACGGUGUCCACACUGACCCCCGCCAGCCCAGGGAGGCUCCUCACAAGAUGCCCUGCCCCAGACGGCAAGAAGGAUUAAGACACCGGCCCUCUCUGCUGACCUCUCUGGUGACUGUGCCCUCUCUGAUGACCUCUCUGAUGACUGUGCCCUCUCUGAUGACCUCUCUGAUGACUGUGCCCUCUCUGAUGACCUCUCUGAUGACCGUGCCCUCUCUGAUGACCUCUCUGAUGACU